AUGAAAUAUUUGCCGAACUAUUUUCAUCGACAUCAACUCACAAAGAUGUUUUUCCUUUUUCCUGAUCCGCAUUUCAAAAAGGCCAAGCACAAAUGGCGUAUCAUCACACCAACACUGAUUGCUGAAUAUGCAUAUGUUCUAAGGCCCGAAGGUUUGAUAUACACAAUAACAGAUGUGGAGGAGCUCCAUCGGUGGAUGGUAAAACAUCUCGCUGCUCAUCCGUUGUUUGUGCGUUUAAGUGACGAAGAGAUGAAAAGCGAUCCGAUCGUGGAACUGCUCUAUGAUAGUACAGAAGAGGGACAAAAAGUGACACGUAACGAAGGCUCCAAAUGGUCUGCUGUUUUUAGACGAUUGCCCGAUCCUGACUGGCCUGAUUGGCCGUGA